AUGCAUGGAGAGCUUGGGAACAAGCUCGUGCAACACGCGAAACGCACACUCACCCUCCCCGCCCUGCCCCCCUACCAGACCGAACUCGUCCGCUCCGUGGUCCGCGAAGUGCGCGACCUGGACCGCGACGUGACGCGGAUCCUGGAACCGUUCACCACGACCGAGUACGACGAGGACGGCAACCCGUCGUCGCAGAGCACCUUCACGCCGGCCGAACACCCCGCGACGGCGUGCGCGCUGCUCGUCGACCACCUGAGCAUGCGGCGCGACAAGAGGUGUCUCCUGGCGUACCACCGCGUGCGGGCCGAGAAGUUGGAAGGCAUGGUCUGGGAGGGCCAGGACCUCGAGGUCGGGGCGGGCCACGAAGCCGGUGGUGGCAAUGCGUCCAACGCAGCCGCGAAUGUUCGCGAGGACAAUGCUGCUGCUUCCGCGGCGGGGACGCACAACGCCCUCUCGCCAGAGGAGUCGUCCUACUUCCACGCCUACGGCGACCUGCUCUCCCAGUACAAGGGCCAGUGGACGGACAUUGACCUGACGGGCUCGCUCGAGCCGCCGCGCGACCUGUUCAUCGACGUCAGAGUUCUGAGAGAUGCCGGCGAGAUCCAGACAGAGUACGGCGCCAUCAAUCUGACAAAGAACUCGCAGUUCUUCGUCCGCCAGGCUGACGUGGAGAGGCUGAUCCAAGGCGGGUUCUUGAAGAGGUUGAGUUGA